UUGCUGAUUUAAGAGGGUGUAAACAUGUUGGUAUUAUACUGUAUGUUGAACUAGCUUAGUGUAUAGCUAUAAAACAUUUUUGUCGAGGUUGAGCCUUCCCAUUAAUUUGAAGAGAUUAGACCAACAGUCAUGUUGAAAUUAAAUCUGUAAUCAGAGGUAUAAUAGGUUGCUGAUCAAUUCAACCCAAAAUAUAUGUCAACAAAAAUGUGUUGAUUUGCUGUAUCCACAGCACCAUCACUGUUCCUCAUUCUCUUUCAGUGCAGGUGUGAUGUGGUGGAUUGGUGUUUCAUGUAAAAUCAGCUAAAGUAAUAAUGGUCAGACCGGUGGGUGUAGAAUGACAUGAUGGUCCCCUUGUUUAGGGUGAGGACCAUGUUUUUGACAGUCUCGGUUCCCAACUCUUGAAAUCUGUCUACUCUUGUCAUGGCACAAGCUCAUUGACACACCAUGGUGUAGUGUACAUUAUUCACAUGAUGAUAAUGGUGUUGAUAAGGAUUAUUAUGAAUAACAGCUUGGGUCUGGACUUGAGUUUACCUUGUUCUAUAUUCUCUUAAGUGAUUAAACCUGUUAUAUAGCAUAUUUUGCGACAUCAUCUUUCAAGACCUAAUUGUAUUGAGUUGGUCUACUCAGUCUGCUGUAAUCAGAUGAAAUGGCAUUGUCCACUAAAAUAGGUUGAAAGAGCUGAGUCUGGCAGGUCACAUCCCUGGAGAUGUUAUAAAUGCUUGAUAAGCAACUUCAUUUUGUACUAUACCCUGAUUUCAUAUAGCUUUAUUGGUAAACAUUAGUAUUGACAGAUUUGAUCAUCCAGUCUUGUUUUAUGACAGCCUCCAAGCUGCCCCCCAAUCUUAGCCUAUAGUCUUCGUGUCAACUAUCGCUCACUUGAACUGGCAAUAAUGAGCCCUUUCAGACUGCUAACUCAAUAGCCUAACUGCUGUGUUGCCAUCUCUAACUAGGCUAACUAAUGGGUACGUUUAAACCGCAAUUAAUCUGUUAUCUGCAUGACUGAGUGUUAACAAAAUACCAUAGGUCUCAGGGUCUUUCAACACAUCUCCAUGCUAAAACCAUGUCUAUCUUGAGACUUUGCAAGGCAUUGAACAUUUUGCAAAUCAAAUCAAAUUUUAUUGGUGACAUACACAUGGUUAUCAGAUAUUAAUGCGAGUGUAGCAAAGUGCUUGUCAGAAUAAGAGGACUGUAAUUCUCUAAUUAAAAUAUGAAGUUCUUAUGAGUUCCCUUCAACCUUUCUCCAUUCAAAGACUAGUCAUGCACUUGAUUCCACUGCAUGAGGCAUACACAUUUCACUCCAUAAUUGAUGUGGCAGAGGUGACAGUAUAAAAGGCAUGAAAUAACUAUAAGUAUGUGACAAACACCUCUCACUGUGAAGGGCUAUUCAACUUUUGAAGGUUCUUGGUUAUUUUUUUUUUCUGUACAGAUACCAAAUGAUAGAAUUAGAACCCUCUCCUUUAAAACCCCCAAAUACUUUUCUUAUUAAGCUAAUUCACUCCAACACAGAGACCCAAGGCCAUCCCUCAUGAUACAUGGCCAAUGACUACUAUGCUCAUUAAUAUCCCAGGACUUGCAUUUUACUUGAGAUCCCAGUGUUACGUCUCAGGAGGAGUGUUUUAUACCCAAGAUUCAAAAAUAUUACUUUUACUUUGACCUUGGGCCAUGACAAUGUAGGUUCCUGACUAUUUUGGGGAUUAGGCUAUAUUCUCCAAUGAGCAUGUGAUUCAGGUUUGUCUCCUUGUUACUCUGCAUGAGGAAAGCAGUUUACAGUAUACUGGACCGCAAGGCUAAACAGAUUAGCAGUUUGGUUUAUACUUCAUUGAAAAACCCAGAAAACAUGUAUAUAAAGUUAGCUAUUUUCUUGGAAAAAAAAUGUCACAUUCAUAUUUGAGAAUUUUCAGGUGUUUGGAUUACAUUAUGUUACUUAUCAGAAUAACAUUGAUGUACACAGUCGGCCUAGUAUUGCCGGGAAAAUAAUUUUGUUUGUUAUCGGAAAGUUCCAUUUCAAGCAUGCCAUUCACUUGGUGUCACUGCAUGGCUGCUGGAAUCAAAAACAUCCCACACUGUUAUUGGGUCUCCAAUCUGAGUUGAUGCAGCAGAAACAUCAGACAUGAGCACAGCCACUGACCCAUCCCCCACAUCAACCCUUAUGCAGAAAAAAUGUGGCCACACAUGAUUGCCUGAAAUGUAUCCAGUCAAGCAGGCAAUAGUCUGUUUGAAUCAGCACCAGAUCAAGAGAUGAUUGAGGAACUUAUUUUCGCAAGGAGCAGAGCCCAUGCUUGACUGCAGGGGAAGUAUAAUUUUCACAAUGACUGCUGGACUGUGAAACCCACCAUUGUUCUAUUUGUUAGUGUCAGUUUCACUAGGGAGAAAUGAACACAGUUGAUGACUGUAGUUCUUGCUUCCUCCCAAUGUUAUACAGCCAUUACAUGGCUAUAAUAAGUGUAGAAUCUAGUCUAAUACAUACUUUGCCAUCAUUGCAUUGGCCCUCAGGACCAGAGUCUAUGCUGACGCCUUCAAUGAGCCUUUUUGGCCAGCAACAGCCGUUGUUCCAGCCAAUGCCUUCGACACAUACCCUUGGACCCCCUCCACAGACCCUCAGGCCGUCUACACCAGUGGUAGUGGCCCCGGACCCCCUCCCUUUCCCCCUCUACAGCCCUCUGUUUGCCAAACCACCCGCUCACCUCCAGCUGAUGCAGGGCCCCCCCUGCCCUGUCCCCUGCCCUGUCCCACCUCCAACUGCCCAGGUGGCCCUCAGCACCAAGCCCCAGGAGGAAGAGGCUCAGAUCGGGGCCACAGACCAGGACGUUACCUUGGAUGAGCUGUGUAAGCCACUGUACUGCAAACUGUGUAACGUCACCCUCAACUCUGCCCAGCAGGCACAGGCCCACUACCAGGGUAAAAACCACAGUAAGAAGCUGAGAAAUUUUUAUGCAGGCAACCAGCAGCUGCCUGCCAUCAGGAUUCCGGAGGUAAUAGAACCAGUUUCCCAGCAACCCCUCACGACUCCACCAACUGAGAGUACAACUCCAAAUCAGCCGGUGUCAUUUAACGGUGCCAGCAGGGUGAUCUUAGCCACGGAGAACGACUACUGCAAGCUGUGUGACGCCUCGUUCAGCUCACCUGCCGUGGCUCAGGCGCACUACCAGGGCAAGAACCAUGCCAAGAGACUGCGGCUGGCUGAGGCCCAGCAGAGCAGUAGCAUCAUAGAGUCAACUGAGUGUGUCCAGAGGCGUCUGAAGAAAGAGGGGAGCGAGUACAAGUUGAUCAAGAACCGCAGGACCUCACAGGUGCCUCCUGCCAUGCCAGCCCCCUACUACAACCCCCGGCCCAGGCAGAGGAUCCCCAGAGACCUGGCCAUGUGUGUGACGCCCAGCGGCCAGUUCUACUGCUCCAUGUGCAAUUCUGGGGCCAGCGAGGAGGCCAACUUCCGCCUUCACCUGGAGAGCAAGCAGCACAAGAGCAAGGUGUCCGAGCAGCGCUACCGCAGCGAGAUGGAGAAUCUGGGCUACACUUAGGAGAUCAGAGCCGGAGG